AUGACUGUAUUUGAUGUUCAAUAUUCAGUACAAGUUUUAGAGCUUUCCCUCUACCUCCCAACUCUUCUUUCUCUCCUCUCUCCCUACUAUCUUCAAAUCCUCUACUCCAACCUCUCGACCUCUCAUUAUCUCAUCCCCAAGUCUCUCAUCCCCAAGUCUCUCAUCCCCAAGUCCUUCAUCCCCAAGUCUCUCAUCCUCAAGUUGUUCAUCCCUGAGUCCUUCAUCCUCAAGUUGUUCAUCCCUGAGUCCUUCAUCCUCAAGUCCUUCAUCCUCAAGUCCUUCAUCCUCAAGUUCUUCAUCCUUAAGUCCUUCAUCCCUGAGUCCUUCAUCCUCGAGUCCUUCAUCCUCGAUCAUCAAGAGCCCCAGUCACACAGAGUUUCUCAAGGCACUGAGUGGGUGUCACGCGGUGUUGAAGCCACUCACAAAUCCACCGAGUUACGUGGAUCCAAAUCUUUUAUCUCUCACAUCACAUCCUGUUACUCUCUUCACCAAAAAAUGGCACCCAUUACACUCAACCAAUUCCGGGACACGAUGACGGCGGCGGCGUCCCAGCGCGGUCGCGACUACACAAAUGUUUAUGCGGUCACUGCGCAUUGGGAGGAAGACGAUACAAAGGCUGAGCGAGACGUCGCGGCUUUCAAGCGGAUGCUGACGGACUUAAACCUUGCACCGGCUGUGGAGUACAUUAUUCGUCGUUGUGACUCUAACCCCGGAAAGACAUUUCUAGAGGCCGUGCUCAAAUGGCUGGAGGAGUUCAAAGCCAAGUCUGAGACCGACCACAACUUAUUGAUUUUUCAUUAUGCGGGCCAUGGCAUGAUGAAGCAUGGAAGCUUCUGCUUUGUCGAGACCAAAUUAGCAAAGAGACUCAUAAAUGCCGACAACUGUCUGCUCAACAUUCUCAAGGAUUCCUCCAUCAUUGCAGACUCCGACCAUUUCGAUGUGUUGCUUAUCUUGGAUUGCUGUUUCUCCCAUGUGGCAACGCGGGCACCUGCCGUCCCUCGCCGAGUCUUAGAGGUGCUGGCGGCGACUAGCACCCAGACCCCAACAGCGAAAUAUCCGCCAAACCACACAUUCACCGCGAAGAUCGCAGAAGAAAUAGCUCAUCGAAAGCGGGCCGGACACAAGCAUGUUGAGUUCGCCGACAUUUUUCAGACGUUGAAGUUGCGUAGCGGCAAAGUGAAACCCACACACGAACUACUGGUUGGCAUUGCGUCUGUCCUUCUCCCGCUCAAUGGGCAACAAACGAUCGACCCGACUCUCAUCCCGCCGAAUCUCACUGUUCUCUUCAGCAUAAGUGUAUCAGAGGAUCUGAAACCCGAAGAGCUCAGAGAGCUUAGUAAAUGGGUUCGCAGUUUGCCCCGCUUUGCCGGACUCACGCUGGACAGUGUCUACCCCACUUCAUCGAUGGCCAUAAUCAUGCGCUCCUCUCUCUCCGUGUAUGCCAAGUUGCAUCAAGUGGAAGGAUAUCGCCUCAUUGCUGAAAACGCACAGCCACCCCUCGAACUCAAUCGUCUCUUACAACCUGCCCCAUCCUCAUCAGCUUCCAAAAAGGAAAACGUUCCCUUCCAGGGGUUCAAGCGAUAAGCUGAAACCACUUCACCCUUGCUUACUAUUCUUCAAUCCGAACUUUAUCCGCUCCUGUGAUUGCUUAAAUUGCUUUAUGAUUCAACGGAGUUAGCAUGGCUUCCGCAUUUUAAAAGCGCCACGGUUAUUACAAGGUCUAGGGAGGCUGAGGAUAACUACAUGUACCUAGUUUUUAUUUGAGAUCGAAUGCAGUCUUUCC